CAUAAACCAGCACAGCUACACACAUGCAGAGCUUUUGGCCCCGCCGUGGACUCAGAGCACCUUUCUUCUGUCCGAUUCAUCGCUUACUGUAUGUUGUUCUAAGAAAGUACUUUAUAUGCUUUUGGGAGGAGAACGAUUUUCUUUCACUUUUUACGCAUGUGUGUUUUCACUGUAGAUUACAUUUAACGGAUUUACUGUUUGUAUGAUACGUCUUGUCAACAGUUUAUCGAGUUUUUCUCAACUCCAAAUCAAUCUAAUUAAUAGUGAAUUUGUCGUAAGAGACCGCAUGAGAAAAUAAUAGUUUCGGGACGCUUGGAAGUGGCCUAGACACCUCAGACCAGGAAAGAAUGACCGCCGAAUCGCAUACAAAUCUAGGUCUGCCGAAAACCCCAUUGGAAUAUGUCAGUGAGUUCGAUUUGAUGAAGUUCGAUGUAAAGAAGGAGACGAUGCAGGGGGGGAUCGACCGCUCAUUCAUUGGGCCAUGCAGCCAGCUCCAGAGACCGGACUCAGUCUCCUCCACCCCGGUCAGUACCCCUUGCAGUUCGGUUCCCUCGUCACCGAGUUUCAAUCCGGGUGAACUGAGGAACCCUGAUGAUCUUUACUGGACGCCAAGCAGUGGUGGUUAUUCUCAGCAAAUGUAUCCCCACACUUUUGGCCUGACACCCGAGGACGCAGUGGAGGCCCUCAUUGGUACCACAGUCAAUGGGCACCAACCAACACCCCACGGUCACCAACAGUCUCUUCAAGCGGAAUUCGAAGGGUACGGGUUGGCACACCUCAACGGCCAUGCCCAGCAGUACCAAGGACUUAUCCGUCAACCCGACGCCCUCUCGGGUCACCCUGAAAUGCAAGAUAUGCACUGCCAAAAUCAAUAUCACCACAACAAGCACGACCUCGACAGCUCGGCUCCGCACUCACCCGAUUCCCAGCUUAGUGCGCACCACCUCCAUCAGCAGAAUCGCCACGACAGACGACUCAAUGUGGAAAGCGCUUUCUCGGACGACCAGCUGGUCUCCAUGUCAGUGAGGGAGCUCAAUCGGCACUUGAGGGGCCUAACCAAGGACGACGUGAUGCGUCUGAAGCAGAAACGCCGAACCCUGAAAAACCGGGGUUACGCACAGUCGUGCCGCUAUAAACGUGUUCAGCAGAAGCACGUUCUGGAGCACGAGAAGACCAGCCUGGUCACACAGGUGGAGCAGUUGAAGCACGAGCUCAACCGGCUGGCACGCGAGAGGGACGCAUAUAAAAUGAAAUGCGAAAAAUUGACUGGCUCAAAUGGUUACCAUGAAACUGGUUCUACCAGUGACAACCCUUCUUCGCCUGAAUAUUUUAUGUAAGUUUAUUCUUUGUAUCUGCUACCAAAGUUAUUUUACUGAUUUUAUUGAUAGGCUUAUUUGUUUUAACAAUAUUAUUAAUUUCAUACCAGUUCUUAAUGCAGACCUAUCAUCCAAUUCAGCUUUUAAAAUUGUUAAAAUAAUGUCAGAUUUGUAAUGCAUCUAUAAUCAAUCAUGCAUGCUGGACAUGUAUGGAACUGUCUAUUUAGUAGGCCUGAACUUGACUGUUGUACUUUUCAGACAGAAAAUAUUUGAAAUAGUUUCUCCAAAAGUUACUUUGUUAAAGUGAAUAACUAGUCUGGUUUAUGAUAUUACAUACACAAAUAAUGAUAUUACUUUUAGCUUCAUGUACUAGGCCUAUACUCUCAAUUUUGUCUUAAAUGGAUUCAUCCAUCAAACCACUUCUGCAUAAUUUUCCUUUUUUUGUUAAAAUGUUCACCCAAGUGUUAUUCUGUGUCAAUUCUACUUAUCCAUUCAAGAAUGAAUACUUGGGUGAGGUUGAUGUAUCUCCUUGUGCUAGCUAGAUAUCCUUUUAUGUCAUUUUACAUUUUGAGGAACUGGUUCUGCUGGCCAGAUGUGGUUAAUGUUUUUUGUUUUUCUUUCACAUAAAUUUUUGUUACAGUAAUUGUACAAGAAAAAUAACUAGAUUUUUUUUUAAAUAUAUCAUUGAUGCAUCAUAGCCUGCUAAUGCCCAUCAUUGUUUUGUUACCUGUCCAGCUAUGUUGAAAUAUUUUAUUAUCUGCUUUAGACUUGUAAAGAUCAAUAAAGCCAUUAAUACUGUACUUCUA